AUGCAGCGCCAUAUCUCCGAUACGGCUUAUCUACCUCAACGACCUUCUCGAUUGAAUCCUAAUAACACCAACAGCAGACCUUCGAGGGGGCUACCAGUAGGAGUAACUCAAAGAGGAACUAUGUCAAUGCCUACUUCACCUAUCCUGGGUAAAAUAAGUUCGGCCGAUGCGGGAUUAUGGAAUUCGCCACACACAGCUGAAGCGACUUCUUCGCUCCAAAUCCAACAAGAAUCCUCACUUCAGACUGUUGCCACGCAGCGACCAGAAAAUCCUUCAUAUCUGACCUCGAAUGUCAGUCUAGACUUGUCUGAUCACAAAGACCUUCCUCACACAACUCAAUUCCUUGUAAUGCACCUCCAGUCCACCCCGCCUAUUUCAGCAUAUGACGCUCAAUUAGAAAACAUGAACAGCCCAAUCUCAUCUCAAGAAUUAUUAUCAGCUCAACUACAAUACCACUCACCACCUAUUCAUUCGGCCAUUGAUGGAGGAGAAACGAAUCUGAACUGCCCUGUAUCAGCCUACCAUAUAUCUCAUACGAUAAACACAUCAUCUUUCGCCCCGCAGCUUCAAUCCGGAGGCGUGCGCUCCGAGCACCGCGAUGAUCUAUUUUUGCGUGGACCCGAUGAUCAUUUUAAAACUGGGUCUCAUGAGUGUGGGGUGGAUAUAGACAUGGAUCUCGGUCCAGGGGGUCGCAGGAAAAGAGCUCAAGUCAGGAUCGCCUGUACACAUUGUCAAAAAGCUUGUAAGAAAUGCUCAAACACGAGACCUUGUGAACGAUGUGUCAAAUAUGGUCUGAACGAUUGUAUCGAUUCGACUCGAAAGCCCAGAAAAACAGGUACCAAAAGAGGACCGUACAAAAGACGAUCGUCUAAAUAUUCAGCUAUAGGGUCUCAUCCCUAUAGUUCACAUUCUGUACCGCAGCCUCAUCUUGUACAGCGGAAUGAAAACAAUCAUCGAUCAGAGCUGAACCAUACUCAUACAAGUCACUUUCAUCUGACGAAUGAAAAUUCACAUGGAAACAUGAAUAUUGACGCUCAGAGCUCGUCCAAUCACAUGAAUCAAGCAAACCCUGAUUUCCAUCAAGAUGUUGUGCUAAUGACCAAUCCAAAUUUGACAUACGAGUCACAUAGUACUAAUCCACAACAAAUAACUUACCCACCUUUUCCAAAAGCUCAGACAUCGUUGGUUCAAGCUAUAUCAAGUGCUCUAUCAAGCCCACAGUCCCAUUGGAUCAAUGGUCAGCGAUUACCACCUAACAUGCAAACGAAGUCAGGGAACCUGAAGACCAGGCCCAGUCCUUUAUAUCCUAAAACUCCAAAUGGUCCUUUCCCAAUCUCCUUGACUGGAAAAGGUGAUCCUUUCUCAAGAGCUGUUAGUCCAAUCAGGCAAUUCGCUCAAUUACCCACCCUGGUGAGCGAUCUGGACGGUCUUAGUGAAGAGAACGAGGACCUGGAAGUAGCUCUCACACAAGAAGGGAACGGAGCACGAGAACAGCUUGACCCUAACCACGUUUCAAAUGGAUCGGACAUCCUCAAAACAUCAUAUCGCGAUGGUCACGAUCCUUCAAGGUACAAUGCGGAUAUCAACAACCAUUUGUCGGAAGGUGAUCAUGUCGAUGGGAUUCAACGUGAGAAAGAAGUGGAAAGUCAUACACCGUUUGAUAUCCCAUCUAAGAUUCGUAAACCAUCAUUGCGAACAUUAAUGUUAGAUUCGGCAUCAACUUCACGAGCUACAUCCCCAGUUCCUGGAACUCAUACGAAGCAUCCAGAUCGAUUCGAUUCCAAUGGAAUAGCUGGAAAUGGAAAUCGUGGUGUUACAAACAACAAUGGUACAAUUGAAAGUCCAACACUGUUCGAUGGGGUAAGUAUGGUGGAUGAAGUCAAUUUGCAUCUUGAACAUUGGGCAGGAUGGGAUCACAUGAAUCAUCAAAAAGCUUUGUUGGAGACGACUAAUGGUCAAACAAAUAUAGAAGAAGGGAGAGUUAUAGGAGAAGGGAAUAACAGCAUUGGGGAAGGUCUAUUUGGAGAUAUGAUGAUGGGAUUACAUUGA